AUGUCGUCGACGACUACACAGACAGCCACUUCCACGAUCCUAUCCGGAGUUCAAGACGCCUCUUGGGUUCCUCGAGGAUCAGUCCGAACAAAACUGAACUUCUUCCAAGAUCCCGAAGAUGGCUCCAAACCACACAACUACGUUGAAAAGCCACCACAAGGACAACCGCAGCGAAAUUUCGGCGAGAAUGUGGUCGAAGUCGAGAUGAACGACAUCAGAGGAAAGGAAAACGAGUUUUACCUCGACAAGGACGCCUUCCAGGCAGUCAAGGGCGUGCCGUCAGAAGAGAAGGAUUUUAAUGACGACGAACACAUCAAGAAGGUCUACUAUCCUGAAGUUGAGAAGCUGCUACUGGACAAUGUCCCUGGCGCUCAUAAAAUCACCAUCUUCGACCAUACUGUCCGACGAUCGAACCCUGAUGCGCCCCGCGCGCCUGUCACCAGAGUGCAUGUUGAUCAGACAGCCAGGUCGACCGAGUGGCGGGUCAGGUUGCACAACCCAGAGGAAGCGGAUGAACUGCUCAAAGGGCGGUACAGAAUUAUCAAUGUGUGGAGACCCAUAAAUGGCACUGUCCAAGCACAUCCCCUGGGCUUUGCGUCUGCAGACACAGUCGAUGACAACGAUCUUGUUCCUGUCGAGCACAGAUAUCCCCAUCGCACGGGUGAGACGGCUGCCGUCCGAUAUAAUCCUGGCCAAAAGUUCUUUUACUGGUCUGGUAUGGACAAUGACGAGAGACUGUUCCUGAAGUGCUAUGAUAGCCAAGAGGGCGUCGGGCAGAGAGUGCCGCAUACCGCGUUUAUCGACCCUAGAACACCAGUGGGCGCAAAGGGCCGCGAAAGCAUUGAGGUUCGAGCGUUGGUCUAUGGUUAA